GGGGACUCGCCCGGCCCCUCCCGCCCCGCCCUCCCCCGGCAGGCGGAAGGGGCCGGCCCGGCCGUGACGUGGCGGGAUGGCGGAGCCCUACGUGAGACCGGGGAACCAGGAGCGCGGCUGGAACGACCCCCCCCAGUUCUCGUACGGGCUGCAGGCGCAGGCCGGGGGCUCCCGCCGGACGCCGCUCACCCGCCGGGCACCCCCCCCGCCCGAGGGGACACCCCCAGGUGCCCCCCCGGCCCCGGGCAGUGCCCCCGCAGACCCCUCCGCGCCGCCCCCCCGGGCGCUGGGGCCGCCCCCGCUGGGGCCCGUGGGCGCUGCCCCGCGGGCCGAGCCGCGGCAGUGCCCGGAGGAGCGGGAGUGCAGCGUGUCCGCCGACACCGUGCUCGCCCCGCUGCGGGCUGCCCUGGACUCCUGCCGGCCCUCGGUGCAGAAACAAGUGUGCAAUGACAUCGGGCGGCGGCUGACAGUGCUGGAGGACGCGUGGGCUCAGGGGAAGCUGUCCGCACCGGUGAGGAAGAGGAUGAACCUCCUGGUGGAAGAGCUCCAGCAGCAGCACUGGGACGCGGCUGACGAGAUCCACCGCUCGCUCAUGGUGGACCACGUGAACGAGGUGAGCCAGUGGAUGGUGGGCGUCAAGCGCCUCAUCGCAGAGACGCGGAACCUGCCCGACACAGCGACCGACGGCAGCGCCGAGACCGAGCCUAAGACUGAGACCGAGCCUGUAACCGAGACCGAGCCGGGCCAGGAGGAGCCCUGAAAGCGGGGGCGGGGCUGUGGACUGUGAGCGGGGCAGCCCCUGCCCAGGGCCGCCGGCAGGAGCAAGGCCCCUGCUGCCAGAGGGAGUCGGGGCACCCCCUCUGCCUCCCAAUCCUCAUCCAGGAACAGGGGAUUUUAAUCAUUGCGACAUUUUAGUGGCGAUUCAUUAUGUUUAAUAAACAACACCAACCUGCCCC